AUGGUUGCUCUCAACAGUAGUCAGAAAAACGAGGUCGGCACCUAUCAACACGACAAGGUCUGGUACCAUGGAAAACCAACAUUCUUUAAGAUCCAAUUUUGGGCGCCAUACUUCUCUCCACCAAAAGAUAACGUCCGUAUUCCAUGGCAAUGGGUCCGUGAUCAUAAGACCCGACACCCAGACAUCGCGCCAGACACGAAAUCCGAGGAUAUGACAGUGGAAUACUUCCACUCCUUAGAAAGACUAGCACGGCGGAGUUUAAUUUGCUCGUCUGUUCUUGAGCACUUCGCGAAACUUGUCGGCCCGCGAUGGCAUGCAGAAUAUGGACGACCCUAUCUGCUCCCUUGGCAUUUGCCACAUUGGGAGGACCGGGAACGUGGAAGAGAGGACUUCUUACUUCUGCCCAUUUCAGCCGGCAUCGUCUUGAAGGAGUACGAAGGGACCAAGCACUUUCGACCGACAAUACUGCUACCUACCCGACAUAACAUGAUGUGGUUGCUUAAUGUCGUUGAAUCCGUCCCCGAUCUUUGUGAACAUACUCAGAAACAAAUCCGAUGGAUGGACAAGGUUCUUGACAAGAACGAGGGCCAAUUUGCUCUUCGCAGUCAUCUACAUGCCAAAGCUACAGCCACGGCCGAAAGAGAUCAAGCCGAUCCGCUUCUGCGAUGUUUUCUAUCACAGACAGAGCCUCCACAAAGGGUAGUUCGAAGUGAUGAGUGCGCCUACAACGCAGAUGAAGGCGAAAAGAAUGGUUGCUUCAUAGCACUCGACGAGGAUGGCCAUUGCGAUGAUCGCCGAGUUGUCUUGGACUAUGGGAGCAAGAAGACUGGGUCGAAGCCGGCGAGCGAGGACGACGACUAUUACCCCGUAUUUCGGCUCGAUUUCGUUAGCAUUGUUGGUCUACCGCGCCGGCCGAUCUGCCGGCCCAGUCACUUCUUUGACAAUAUCACGAUAUCGUUUCGUCAUUGGAGUGCCCCGUAUAGCGCGAAGCAUGUGCAGGGCAUCGGCUUCGAUCUCAGCGGCCGUACCUUCCGUAUUGCCACCGGCGCUACUCGAGAAGCCUGGUUCAUCGUCAUGCACCCGAGCCAGAGGGCUAUCGGCGCCAACAACCCCCGUCGACGGCACGAUACAGCCCAUACAAGGACUGCCCUCGUGCAAGACCGUGCUCUGAUGCUCGCAUCGUACAUCAAAGACAUCUUCCUUGAAGGCGAGCUCCUUGGUGAAGGUGUUGAGCCGAGAUGGGCUCUCGGGGGCAAGGAGACGCAGAUGAUUGCCUUUGACAAAUGGGUCACAUUCCAAACACUGUUUAUGGACGGCUGGACAGGGUUCCUUGAAAGGCUCUCUGCUCAGAGCGACACUUUCUGGACCGAUCAUCAGCCCGCCUUCCACGCAUACGACUAUGGUGCCAACAUCAACAUAGAAGUGAAUGAAGGCAUAGCGAAUCUCGAAGAAGAGAUAGUCAUCCGGCCAGCCUAUCUCGAUGAGUCCGAGGACGGUUACGAUCGAGAAAACAGUAGUGUGCCGGCGACACAGCAGGGAUGGGAGGGAAUUGGAGAAGAGGAACGAGAGGAUGGGCCCGACGAGCUAUGGGACCAACCAACCGUUGAAGUGGAGGAUAACGAUAGCCUGUUCAUGCCAGCGAGGGCGGACGAUGUUGCUUCUCCAAUACCACCUAUACUCAGUCCAGGACGAAUCGAUGCAGAAUAUCGAGAUGGUAAUGGCGAAGCUGACGCCAACAGGCCUAAUGGUGAUGACGAGCAGGAACGAAGGUUCCUUGCAUGGAUGAACGAAUCUGAGAACAUUGAUAGGGGACAGCACAACGGGGCUCAACUAGAAGACCAGGAACACCAGUACGAUGGGCAAGACAACUUCCAGCAGCAGCCGUUGAGCCCAGAUGCUGAUGAUAACGACGGCGUCUAUCCAAGGCAAGCACCAGACAUCUCACCAUCCAGCCUACCUCCUUCAUCAGAACAUGAUGCGUUAUAUAGUCCUGGCCUGAUGCGGCUGCGUGAGGCCCUUGAGGCGAAGUACAACCUCGAUAACAUCAGCCACGUCUCCUAUGCCCUAGCUGUUGAUGUUCACUGUACCGCAGCAAAUACCUCUCCUGGUACGGAAGGAAGGGUAAGCCGUCCUGUAUGCUUGCUUGCCGACCGCAACCGUGUGGCCGGGGAGUUUUUUGGGAGUAACUACACCUUCUACCCACUCGGUUUCCACCCCGCAUACGGCAACUUCACGUCAGACCGUCCUCCUGCCUUCCUGGAUAGCGACUUGUUUACUGUCAUGAAGGAGAAUAUGAGCCACCAGAAUCAAGGUGCCGACGUACUUUCGUUCGGCUUCUUUCAGGGCUAUUCCAACCUGAAACGGUCCAUCCGUCAUGGCCCUCAUGACCUACUAGCCAGCCACGGCCUCGCCACAGCUGCACUCACCAUUCCCUCGACGGAGGCUCAACGCACGGCCCGGCUCAAGGACAAGCAGCAGCGACUCCUGGCCCAAGUGAGGGGGCGACUCACACCUGACAACCCUGGCGCGUCGACACCUUUUGCGCGGGAGCGACAGAGGGUCGAGGCAGCCAUGCAAGCGAAUGAGUUUGCGUUCCGAUUCGAGCAGGUCAUUUCCAUCGAUGCUCCACGACUCGUGCGCCGUCGUCGAAACUUCAGUAGCGUACUACAACCCAUCUUCCAGCUCAUGCGACUCUUCCUCAAGGAGAAACAGCUCUAUGCAGGCAUCCUCCGGCGCUUCUCUCCCGAUAUCUUUCCAGGCGUCAUGGUGGCUUUUGCCAAGGUCAUUGAAGCAGCCAUAGCAGAGAUGGACCGUCGCUUCCGCGAGGCUGGAUCGAAAGGACUGGGCAUGGCUCUCUCCGAGGGUGUCGCUGCGCUCGAUCGACUGGGCAACUUUUGCUUCACCGGGGACCCGAGGGUGCUCCCCAGCAAAGUCAUGAGGCUUCUCGGCACGGUAGACAGUCUAAGAACAUGUGGAUGGCCAUUCAUAUCGCCGCGAAUGUUGGACAUCCGAGAUGGACAAGGACUCGUCAACCUGGUGGGAUGGCCACAACUGAGCAAUGGACGGCCCGUCCUGAUGCACGUUGCCUCGCUAGAAUACCACUAUGAUAGAACUGUGGCAUCUAACCGACACAGUCAACUGUGGUUUGCUGAGCUUGGGGGUAGGUCAAUAGACGGGAUGGAUAGGAUGACAACGUUCCUUCAUGAGAUAUUCCAAGAUCUGUGGAUACCAGAGACGGUGGCUUUUAUUGCUCGCCAAGUCCGCCGUGGCUUGAAUCGUGGUAUCCGCAGUGGCGGUAGGAUCGGUGUUGGAGAACAUGGUGAUGUCGGCACGGGAAAUGAGGAGAGUGCUCAGGCGAUGAUCGCUUUAGAAGCCUGGGAGGCACGAGACAGUCCAUUCAAAACGUCAAACUUCGAGAAACUCUCGGCGGAAGUACUCAAGUUCGAUGACCGUUCGAUGAUGAAUGAGUCAAAGAUCGUGCUCAAGACGAGACGCGACUUUGCAGAAGAGAUCUUUGUUGCUUUGAUGGAGGGCGGCAGGAAGGGUCACCCAGGAGUCGAGUCUAUCGCACCGACCCACUCGACAUGGCCCUCUAUUCUGCGGGCCGCGAUCCAACACACCAAAGGCAGCUUCGCAACAAGGACUCAGUGGGUCUCGGGUAUCGCAGCUGCCAUGGUAUCUGCGAGUAUCGAAUGGGUCCCUGGCUCUCAUCGCCGGAGAUUGACGCAUCAACAGGUAGUACAACUCGUCGGAGCGGCUGCAUCCGUAACUAUCCUUGCGGCUCGACCCGACAGCCUCAAGAGACGGGCACUAGAGGCGGAGGCUCGUAGGUCGGUCGACUCGACUGGCGCCAAGCGAGCGAAGAUCCGACCACGGAUCGAUCUAGGUUAUUGUCUUGAGGAUCCAUUAUGUGAUCUUAUGCUCAUGCUCACGCUAACUAUCACAGCGUCGAGCGCAACCCCCGAGGUUCGGCCCAAUACGAAGUGUUUUAACGUCACGACCAAGAGAAGGGAUCCAGCUCUUCUAGCAGCCAACAUGGUGACUAGAAUGCUCUGGUUCCUGCGGCCGGAGGCAUUUCCAUGGGAUAAAGACCGUGAUUCAGUGCUGAGAGUGUCUGAGAUGACAAAGAAAAUCGGUGAGUCGUGUCCACGAUUCCGCGCAACGUUGAUGAAAUGGCAUGACUGA